CGUGGCAUGGCGCAGGAGCGUGAGCGCGGUGCGAAGUCACACGGCGCGGGCAGCGAUGGGGAAGCAGCAGUUCAGGGAGACCGACGUCGCCAAAAAGAUAAGUCACAUCUGCUUCGGCGUGAAGUCCGCGGAGCAGAUGCGGCAGCAGGCGCAUCUGCAGGUGGUCAGCAAGAGCCUGUACAGCCAGGACAGCAGCCACACGCCGCUGGCCUACGGGGUGCUGGACCACCGCAUGGGGACCAGCGAGAAGGACCGACCCUGUGAGUCCUGUGGGAAAAACCUCGCCGACUGUCUCGGUCACUAUGGUUACCUGGACUUGGAGCUGCCUUGCUUCCAUAUUGGCUACUUCAAAGCCAUCAUCGGCAUUCUGCAGAUGAUCUGUAAGACGUGCUCCUCCAUCAUGUUGAGUAAGGAGGAGAGGCAGGUGUUCUUGGACCACCUGCGCCGUCCCGGCCUGCCGUACCUGCACAAGCGCGGCCUCAAGAAGAAGAUCUCUGACAAGUGUCGGAAGAGAAGCGUGUGCUUACACUGCAACGCCUUCAACGGUCCGGUGAAGAAAUGUGGCCUCCUGAAGAUUGUCCACGAGAAGUACAAGACCACUAAGAAGGUGGUGGACCCCGUCGUCUCCGACUUCCUGCAGUCCUUCGACCUCGCCAUCGAGCACAACAAAGAGAUGGAAGCCCUGCUGAGCAGGGCACAGGAGAACCUGAAUCCUUUGGUGGUUCUGAAUCUUUUCCGGAGGAUUCCCAGUGAGGACAUUCCUCUGCUGUUGAUGAACCCAGAGGCGGGGAAACCUGCUGACCUCAUCCUGACCCGCCUCCUGGUCCCACCCCUCUGUAUUCGCCCCUCCGUGGUCAGUGACCUCAAGUCGGGCACAAACGAGGACGACCUCACGAUGAAGCUAACUGAAAUCAUCUUCCUCAAUGAUGUCAUUAAAAAGCACCGGAUGUCGGGGGCGAAGACUCAGAUGAUCAUAGAAGACUGGGACUUUCUGCAGCUCCAGUGUGCCCUCUACAUCAACAGUGAGCUCUCGGGCAUCCCCCUCAACAUGGCUCCCAAGAAGUGGACCCGCGGCUUCGUACAGAGGCUGAAGGGCAAGCAAGGACGUUUCCGUGGCAACCUGUCCGGAAAGAGAGUGGAUUUCUCCGGGCGAACUGUUAUUUCUCCCGACCCCAACCUGAGGAUCGACGAGGUGGCGGUACCUGUGCACGUGGCCAAGAUCCUCACCUACCCAGAGAAGGUAAACAAAGCCAACAUUGAGCUGAUGAGGAAGUUGGUGAAGAACGGACCUGACGUCCAUCCAGGAGCUAACUUCAUCCAGCAGAGACACAUGCAGAUGAAGAGGUUUCUGAAGUACGGUAACCGGGAGAAGAUGGCCCAAGAGCUGAAGCCCGGGGACAUGGUGGAGAGACACAUGAUCGAUGGGGACAUCGUCCUGUUCAACAGACAGCCCUCCCUCCACAAACUCAGCAUCAUGGCGCACAUCGCACGUGUGAAGCCACACAGGACGUUUCGUUUUAACGAGUGUGUGUGUACGCCGUACAACGCUGACUUUGAUGGAGAUGAGAUGAACCUGCACCUCCCGCAGACGGAGGAGGCCAAGGCCGAGGCCCUGGUCCUGAUGGGGACAAAGGCUAACCUGGUAACUCCAAGGAACGGAGAGCCCCUGAUUGCUGCGAUUCAAGACUUUCUGACGGGAGCCUAUCUGCUCACGCUGAAGGACACGUUCUUUGAGCGCGCCAAAGCCUGCCAGAUCAUCGCCUCCAUUCUGGUGGGGAAAGAUGAGAAGAUCAGAAUCUCCCUCCCGCGACCUGCCGUUAUGAAGCCCAUGUGUCUGUGGACAGGCAAACAGAUCUUCAGUUUGAUCUUGAGGCCCUGUAAGGACUGUCCUGUCAAAGCCAACCUCCGUACCAAAGGGAAGCAGUACUGCGGCAAAGGAGAAGACCUGUGUCACAACGACUCCUUCGUGGUCAUCCAGAACAGCGAGCUCCUUGCAGGCAGCAUGGAUAAGGGCACUCUAGGUUCAGGCUCCAAGAACAACAUCUUCUACAUCCUGUUGCGGGACUGGGGGCAGGUGGAGGCGGCCGACGCCAUGUCCCGCCUGGCCCGCGUCGCCCCCGUCUACCUCUCCAAUCGUGGUUUCUCCAUCGGGAUCGGGGACGUGACCCCUGGCCAGGGUCUCCUGAAGGCCAAACAGGAACUACUGCAGGCGGGAUACAGGAAGUGUGAUGAGUACAUCGACGCCCUGAACACGGGCAAACUCCAGCAGCAACCUGGCUGCACCGCUGAGGAGACCCUGGAGGCGUUGAUCCUGAGGGAGCUGUCAGUAAUUCGAGACCACGCCGGCAGUGCCUGUCUGAGGGAGCUCGAUAAGAGUAACAGCCCCCUUAUCAUGGCCCUGUGUGGCUCUAAAGGUUCUUUCAUUAAUAUAUCUCAGAUGAUAGCGUGUGUGGGUCAGCAAGCUAUAAGUGGUUCCCGUGUUCCAGACGGCUUUGAGCAUCGCUCUCUCCCCCACUUUGAUAAGCACUCUAAACUUCCAGCAGCUAAAGGAUUUGUGGCAGACAGCUUCUAUUCAGGUUUGACGCCCACAGAGUUUUUCUUCCACACCAUGGCUGGACGAGAAGGGCUGGUGGACACAGCUGUAAAGACCGCAGAGACGGGAUACAUGCAGAGGCGUCUGGUGAAGUCCCUGGAAGAUCUGUGCUCUCAGUACGACCUCACUGUGAGGAGCUCUACCGGUGACAUCAUCCAGUUCAUCUACGGAGGGGACGGACUCGACCCCGCGGCCAUGGAGGGGAAAGAUGAACCGCUGGAGUUUAAGAGAGUACUGGACAACAUCAGAUCGGUCUACACCUGUUCUGAUGAACCUUCUCUGAGUAAGAAUGAGUUGGUUCUCACGGCUGAUUCCAUCAUGAUGAGAACUGACUUUGCUUGCUGUAAGGACACCUUUCUCCAGGGCUUGAGCAGCACUGGUACUCAGAGGUUUGUGGAGGAGAUUAAAAAGUUUGUGAACAGCAUCUCCGAGAAGAUCAAGAAGACAAGAGACAAAUACGGCAUCAAUGACAACGGAUCCUCAGAGCCCAGAGUUCUGUACCAGCUGGACAGGAUCACUCCCACCCAGCUGGAGAAGUUUCUGGAGACAUGCCGAGAUAAAUACAUGAGGGCCCAGAUGGAGCCCGGCUCAGCCGUGGGGGCUCUGUGCGCUCAGAGUAUUGGGGAGCCUGGCACCCAGAUGACCCUGAAGACCUUCCACUUUGCUGGGGUGGCGUCCAUGAACAUCACGCUGGGUGUGCCGCGUAUCAAAGAGAUCAUCAACGCCUCCAAGAACAUCAGCACCCCUAUCAUCACUGCUCAUCUGGAUACGGAGGAUGAUGCUGAUUUUGCUCGGUUGGUGAAAGGUCGGAUUGAGAAGACUCUUCUCGGAGAGAUCUCUGAGUACAUAGAGGAGGUGUUUCUUCCUGAUGAUUGCUUUAUCCUGGUGAAACUCUCACUCGAUAGGAUCCGUCUUCUAAGACUGGAGGUGAACGCGGAGACGGUGCGCUACUCCAUCUGCAUGUCCAAGCUGCGGGUGAAGCCAGGUGACGUAGCUGUGCACGGAGAAGCCGUGGUGUGCGUCUCCCCCCGCGAGAACAGCAAGAGCUCCAUGUAUUAUGUUCUUCAGUCACUCAAACAGGAGCUGCCCAAGGUGGUUGUGCAAGGUAUCCCCGAGGUGGCCCGGGCCGUCAUCCACAUCGACGAGCAAAGCAGCCGGCAGAAGUUCAAACUGUUGGUGGAAGGCGACAACAUGCGGGGCGUCAUGGCAACGCACGGCGUCAACGGCAGCCGGACCACGUCCAACAACACGUACGAGGUGGAGAAGACCCUGGGCAUCGAGGCUGCACGCUCCACCAUCAUUAACGAGGUCCAGUACACCAUGGUGAACCACGGCAUGAGCAUCGAUCGCCGCCACGUCAUGCUCCUGGCCGACCUCAUGUCCUACAAGGGGGAGAUCUUGGGCAUCACGCGAUUCGGCCUGGCCAAGAUGAAGGAGAGCGUCUUGAUGUUGGCGUCGUUCGAGAAGACGGCGGAUCACCUGUUUGACGCGGCGUAUUUCGGCCAGAAGGACUCCGUGUGCGGGGUGUCUGAGUGUAUUAUUAUGGGUAUCCCCAUGAACAUUGGCACGGGGCUUUUUAAGCUCCUCCACCAAGCUGAGAAGUCCCCUUCUCCUCCACUCCGACCACUGCUCUUCGACAUCCCCGACUUCCACAUCACGCUGGCCUCCUAGGCCGCGCACACGAGCGAGAGGUUUUGCAGUUGUUUUCCGUCACCUGUGCGCAGAGAAGCAGCACAGGCUGGUUCAGACCGCGUUUGAUUAAUUAGUGGACCUGAGUAAUUAAUUUAUUUUAAAAGAUUGUCUGAAUAGCCAGCCUGUACUUAUGGUUUAUGUAUGAAUGUAUAUAUGUCUGAAAUGUAAUAAAAAUGUACAUUAAAAGUUUUUUUCCUUCUUUUGCA